ACGCGUGGCUGCUCGUGAAACUCAGUAUCCACCAAACAACGCGGCAUGUUCUAGUGCAUCGCAUUUUGGUACGAACACUAUGCAACCGUUCUUCCCUAUGACAAAUAUUGAUGGCUGUCUAAUUCAAUUACACUGGGUCAAGAAUUUUUGUCCUAAAGCGAUGAUAAUCUCUACACAUUCCAAGCCCGUCCAGUAUGUUCGGGAGGAAAUCCAGCAGGAUGUGGAUCA